UCUGGCAUUUCAUCAAGGGUCGAUGCAAACAACCAAAAAAACAGUAGUUGGUCAGCAAGCCGCGGAGGCACGUGGCUAUCCCGUGGGCCGCCUGGCCUCUUCAACCGGAAUGAUUCAAUUCCACACAGGUGACAGUGCACAAUGUGUGUUCAUAGAGUGAGAGAAGGAGAGCCAGAGUUUGCGAAUUUUCAGUUCAUAGUAUUAGGGAUUUUGGAUCUGCUGAUAAUGAAGUGAUGAACAUAUAUCCAAUUCCGUUGAAACAAUAGGUCUGUAUAAUUGCAUCUUAUACAUCAAUAUUUGCAUUGAUAUAGGUCUUUUUUUGGGUACAAAUGGCUCUUUGCUUGUACUCUGCUUGCCUUCCAUUGCCUCAGCACCCAGUAAAUGUAAAUUUCAGCUGUCUUUCUAAUGGAUUGGGUUUAAUAAACCGUAGUAUUAGUAGUAGUAGAAGAAGAAGAAGAAGCAUUAUUUCUCCCUCCCGCAUUUUAAGGUCCCAGAUUCUGCCUUCUGCGCGACCAGAGACAAUUGGGUCGCGGGUAUUUGUAGUUUCGGACUUGCACACAGAUUACAUUGAGAACAUGACCUGGGUGAGGUCAUUGUCGAGCAAUAUAUACAAGAAAGAUGUUCUUAUUGUUGCAGGAGAUGUGGCCGAGACUUGCUCGAAUUUCGUUCUCACUAUGUCCCUUUUGAGAGAAAGGUUUCAGCAUGUGUUCUUUGUUCCUGGUAACCAUGAUCUUUGGCUUCGCAGGGAGAAACACAAUUAUUUUGAUUCUCUUUAUAAGCUGGAUAAAUUACUGGAUGCUUGUGAAAGACUUGGAGUAGAAACUAAACCCAGCAUAGUUGAUGGUUUGGGAAUUAUCCCAUUAUACUCUUGGUACCACGAGAGCUUUGAUGAGGAAAGGGACAUAACUGGAAUUAGAAUCCCGUCCUUGGAGAUGGCAUGUAAGGACUUCCAUGUGUGCAGAUGGCCCGACGGACUUGAAAAUGGAGAAUCAUCUCUUGCUUUGUAUUUUGAUUCUAUGAAUGACAAGAAUUGGAACACAGUAAAAGAUAUCCAGAGGAGAUGUAGCCAUACAGUGUCUUUUUCCCAUUUCAUUCCUAGGCUAGAGCUAUGCCCAGAAAAGAGAAUGCUUUUCUAUCCAAACCUUCCAAAAAUCAUUGGCUCUAAUUUCCUUGAAACCCGAAUAAGAUCUAUACAUGGAGAUGUUGGGAAUGCAUCAGCAUGUCAUGUGUUUGGUCAUACUCAUUUUUGUUGGGAUACCACGCUUGAUGGUAUCAGGUAUGUGCAGGCGCCCUUAGCUUAUCCAAGGGAACGUAAAAGGAGAAUGAAUGGAGGCGAUGAUUGGCUGCCAUUUUGCAUUUACGCUGAUGGAUGUUUUGCAGAGAAACUUUCUCCAUGCUAUUGGUCUGAUUAUUAUGCCGUAAAUCCCAGAACACCAAACUGCACUGAACUUGCCCCUUGGGUCGCCAGGUUCUACGCUAAAACCUUAUGAUAUAUAGCCUGAUCAUCUAUUCUUACUCUCAUUCUGUACUUGGAUGAAAAAAGAAUAUUGUAGAUCUUGUUUCAUUGGCAACAUUUUUUAUA